AUGUCCACUUACCAACAAAGCCAACCUUCAAGUUUGGUCAAGGCAACCAAAGGAAUUCAAUGGAACUCAUGGUCCAUCUGUGCUGCCACAGUAGUGGCCGGUCUUGCAGCGCAGACCUUCUUGGUUUCUGGGCCAGCUCCUAAGCCAAUCCCUUCGAUUGAGUCGUGUUUGGUCAAAGUCUGCGCCGGAAGAUCAGAUUGCGUCCAGCUCCCCAGUCAAAAAGACGCGGGAGAAGCUACUUGGAUGGUCCCGUUCAACCUUGGUCGCACAGUCACACCAGUUGCGAUAGUCAGACCCAAGGAUGCCCAGGAAAUCGCCAGCGUUGUAAGAUGCGCAGCCAAGCAUGGAGUCAAAGUUCAGGCAGCUGCAGGGAGUCAUGGAUGGGGGUGA